AUGGCCUCCCUAGUAGAAGACAGCUUGAUAAAGACCAGUUUGAUUGAGCAGGUUGUCGCCCCCAUCACCAUACACAUAUGCUACCUCACGCUGCUGUCUGAGGCUGAUGACACGACAGAACAGUUCAUCCAGCUGGAAGCUUCAGCUCGUGCUGUAGCCAAAGCCUCCAGAAACAUGGCUGAUGUAGCAUCAAGAGUCAUGGCAGAGUCAGAAGAUGAUGUCAUGAGGCUGGAAAUGGGUCUACUCUUGGAACCUCUAAUAAUGUCAGGUCAGCAUGUUCUCCUUGCCACUCAAAAGCUCAGCAUACAGCCAGAAGUUAGACAGCACAGAGACGAACUUAUUCAAGCCACACAGAAUGUGCUCCUGGGAGUUGUGAAGGUUCUUUUAGUGGCUGAUGAGGCAACUGUAAGGAAAAUUACUUCAGCUGCUCACUGGCUUCUGGAUUCCCUAAGAUACGCAGCAAGACUGUGUGAAAGCAUCUGUGGAAAUAUUGAGAAGAAGUAUCUCAAUGCUUCACACUGCCAUGUACACAACAAUCAAACACCCAACCACAUGGAUAUCACAAAUUCCCUUCAGAGAGAAAUUAGGUCUUGUGUGACUGCAAACUGUAAACUUAUCCUGCAACUGUGGACAGAGAUACAGCAGAUGAGACAGAUAAAUAUAAACUGCACAGAUAAGCAGAAGCCAAAUGAACAUCAGGAGAAGUUGCGUAUCUCUUUAAUGAUACAAAUCCAUGAGCUGGAUGAGGCAGUGGUAAAAGCAACUUUAUAUCAGAUAAUUGACACCUUUGUCUUAGAAUCAAGUCCUCUAGAGCAGCUGGUAAACACUGUACAUAACGUCUUUGAAGCUGAUCUAGAGGAUGGUUUGGACAUGGAUCCUAUCCAAACUUUAUUUAAAACUUUCAUAUCCCAUGCAGAUAGGAUGGCUAAAGUAGCCAGCUUUGUCUCAGCUUUAGCUACUGACGAAAAGAGUCUUGAGGGUGUGGAAAACUCCAUUUCUUGCCUUAUGAGAUUAAAGGAUGGAGUCCUACCACUUUUGCUGGAGCUUGAGGGAGACUCAGUACUGUACCAUGGGGCUUUACAUAAACUGAUCAGUUUUCAUCAGAAAUGGGAGGAGGAAACAAAACAACUGCUGAAUGCAUUCUACAAUGUCAUAAAUGUAAAGGAUUUCAUACACCUCUCUAUUCUGGAGAUGAAGGAUGAUUUGGAUAGGUGUCAAGAGGCUCAUAAGUCCCAGAACCACCACCUUUUGAGCAAACAUUUAAGACUUCUGAUUGGUCGAAUGAGCCAGAUAGUUCAGUUUGUAAGAAGAUGUGUAGAUAAAAGUGAUGAUCCCAUAUACCGUAAUGGAUUACUAGUACUUAUUAAGCAAGCUGAAAAAUCUCUAGCUGAAGUGACAGGGCAUGCAACAGAGAUAUUUAACACCAACUUUCAAGAGGAAGCAUUCCCUUUGUUGACCAACAGCAUCAUGGUCUCUAUAAAGAACUUUGAUGUUCUUCUUGAGGGUUUAGACGGUCUACAACACCCAGACCUGCUUAGUCCUCUGAGAGAAGGGGCUCGGCAGGUGACUACUACCCCACCAGUCCCUUACACUGAAGAGCCAAAGAGGACAACAAAUGAUCAGGCCAAAAUAGAGACUUUAGAUAAUAGGGAUAAAAAGGAAGAUUUGGAAGUAGAGCUUAAAGCAACACUUCCAGAAAAGAAAAAUACUGAACUUACCACAGUGCAUCAGCCUGAAACCAGAAAUAAUAGUGUUAGAGUGCCAGUGUUCAGCUCUCUGGAUCCAUCACUGGCCUACACUUCACUCUUCCUGAAACAAGAAGCAGAAAGGUGGGAUGUUCCUGGAAAUCAGAUUGUCAAGGUGACCAGAGAAAUGGCUGAUAAAAUCUAUGAUAUGACCCAAUACUUAAAAAGGAAAGGGCCAAUUCAGAGUAAAGAUGCCUUUGUAUCCUCAGCUAAAGAUUUAGUCUUGAGCUGCCAGACUGUCACACAUUUUGUGAAGGUAAUAGCUGAGCAUUGCCUGGAUCAACAGUCUAAUAAGGAGCUGUGCAUCAUAGCAGAGCGGAUUGUUACCAUUACUAACCAGCUCACCAUUAUUUCCAGCGUGCAGAUCGAAGAAUGUUUUAAUUUCAACUGUCAGAAUGGGGAUUUCCCUGCUACAGACUUUAACUGUGACGGCCUGUUGUUUCUAGAUGAGCUGGCUUGGGGACUGAGACAACCUGAGCCCAAUUCUGAUGCGGCAAAGGCAGCUUCCCUGUGCAUACAGUGGAAAAAGAACCUCCUCAUCCAUCGGACACAAGAACAGCUGAACCCGGAGACUGAUGACCUGGGUCUCCGCAAGACAUCUCAACAGCAUGCAACACCAAGCCUUGCACCACCCAUCAGCGUACUUGAAAGAUAUAAAUAA